AGGUUAGUGGGAGGAUCUAAACUGGCCACCUGUGAGGUUGAGGCAGAGAGGGAAGCACUGGUCAAGAAGGGAACCAACACGAGAGUCAGGGUCAAAAGCUGAUUCCAGAGUCCUGGAAAGAAACAGUAGAAAACACAGGGGCUUGGGGGUGGGGCUCGGAAGAGGGCACAGGUGUUGCUCAUUCUACACUGAAAGUUGUCUCAGAAGAUGGAAUCACCUUCCGCACAUGUGGUCUCCCUGCCAGAGGAUGAGGAGCUACAGCCCUGGAGAGGCGCUGGAGGCCCUGGUCAGCACCCAGCAAGACCGAGGUCAACAGAGUGUGCCCACCCUGGGGUUGUGGAGAAGGUGCGGCCAAAGUGGGACAACCCCCUGCAGUUCCUACUUGUCUGUAUCUCCUAUGCUGUGGGCCUGGGCAAUGUAUGGCGCUUCCCCUACCUGUGCCAGAUGUAUGGCGGAGGGAGUUUCCUGGUCCCCUACAUCAUCAUGCUCAUUGUGGAGGGGAUGCCACUCCUAUACCUGGAGCUGGCCGUGGGACAGCGCAUGCGGCAGGGCAGCAUUGGUGCCUGGAGGACCAUCAGCCCCUACCUCAGUGGUGUCGGCAUUGCUAGCUUGGUGGUCUCGUUUUUGGCCUCUGUGUACUUCAAUGUCAUCAACACCUGGGCUCUUUGGUACCUCUUCCACUCCUUCCAGGAUCCCCUGCCGUGGUCUGUCUGCCCACUGAAUAGUAAUCGCACAGGUUAUGAUGAGGAGUGUGAGAAGGCUUCGUCGACACAGUACUUCUGGUACAGGAAAACACUCAACAUCUCACCGUCCAUCCAGGAGAAUGGAGGAGUGCAGUGGGAGCCAGCACUGUGCCUCAUCCUGGCCUGGCUUAUUGUCUAUCUGUGCAUCCUGAGAGGCACCGAAUCUACUGGCAAGGUGGUCUAUUUCACCACAUCACUGCCUUACUUUGUGCUCAUCAUCUACCUGGUCCGGGGCCUCACACUCCAUGGAGCCACCAAUGGCCUGGCAUACAUGUUCACACCUAAGAUUGAGCAGCUAGCCAACCCCAAGGCCUGGAUCAAUGCAGCCACACAGAUCUUCUUCUCACUGGGCUUAGGGUGUGGUGGCCUGAUUGCUUUUGCCAGCUACAAUGAACCCUCCAACGACUGCCAGAAGCAUGCCCUCAUUGUGUCUGUCAUCAAUAGUACUACUGCCAUAUUUUCCAGUAUUGUCACCUUCUCCAUCUAUGGCUUCAAGGCCACCUUCAACUAUGAAAACUGCUUAAACAAGGUGAUUCUGCUGCUGACCAAUUCUUUUGACCUUGAAGAUGGCUUUCUGACAGCCAGCAACCUGGAGGAGGUGAAGAACUACCUGGCAUCUACUUACCCAAACAAGUACAGUGAAGUGUUCCCACACAUUAGAAACUGCAGCUUGGAAUCAGAGCUGGACACGGCUGUCCAGGGCACAGGCCUGGCCUUCAUCGUCUACACUGAGGCCAUUAAAAACAUGGAAGUUUCCCAGCUCUGGUCAGUGCUCUACUUCUUCAUGUUGCUAACACUAGGUAUGGGAAGCAUGGUGGGGACAGGAACGGCCAUCCUCACCCCUCUGACUGACAGCAAGGUCAUCUCCAGCUACCUGCCCAAGGAGGCCAUUUCAGGUUUGGUAUGCCUCAUCAACUGUACCAUUGGCAUGGUGUUCACCAUGGAGGCUGGGAACUACUGGUUUGACCUAUUCAAUGACUAUACAGCCACGCUGUCUCUGCUGCUCAUUGUGCUGGUAGAGAUCAUAGCUGUGUGCUAUGUGUAUGGGCUGAAGAGAUUUGAAAGUGACCUUCGGGCCAUGACUGGCUGCACCCUCAACUGGUACUGGAAGAUCAUGUGGGCGUUUGUGAGUCCACUGCUCAUCGUCGGCCUCUUUAUCUUCUACUUGAGUGACUACAUCCUCACGGGAACGCUGCAGUACCAAGCCUGGGAUGCUACUCAGGGCCACGUGGUGAUUAAGGAUUAUCCUACAUACGCACUAGCUGUCAUUGGGCUUCUGGUAGCCUCCUCCACCAUGUGCAUCCCUCUGGUAGCCCUGGGGACUUUUGUCACACGCCACUUCAAGAGCAGAGAACAGUUUCCUGCAGCCUGAGAACUGGAAAUCCCACAGACUUCCUGUCAGUCAUUCACUGUUUCACAGCCACUCCCUAUAUAUAUCCAGCAGUGGGAGUUCUACAGCUGCUUUUUAAAGCCACAAGUAUUUUCUGCUUCCUGAAUCUGCAAGGAAAAUUGAAUUCUCUGUAUUAAAUUGUAGGCUGACAGAAACCUAACUCUGACCGUUAGGCUUUGACCCUUUUGUUUUUGUUUUCAAGACAGGGUUUCUCUGUGUAGCCCUGGCUGUCCUGGAACUCACUCUGUAGAUCAGACUGACGCUGAACUCAGAUCUACAUGCAUCCCAAGUGCUGGGAAUAAAGGUGUGCACCACCACUUCCCAACAGCUUUUAUUCCUCCUCUUCCAUGACAUAUUACUUUUGUUGUUAGGAUUUAUACCAUUUGUAUUAUACAGAUCAAAAAUUAUAUCUAUUAUGAGCAUUUUGAUCUUUAGCUCUCAUUCUUUACACACCACUAUUACAGUCAUGAUAUGCUAGACCACAAAUUUACCUCUAACAUUGCUUUUUUUGGUUGAGGUAGAGUCUUGUAUAUAUGGACCUCCGGUUGGUCUGGACCUAUGCAUCCCAGGUUAGGCUAGAACCUGUGGUCCUCUAGCCAUGGCCUCCCCAAACUAGCACAACAGGUCAUGUGCCACCAGGCCAGGUAUAUACGUUUUAGAACAGUAAUUAUCCUUUUAUUUUUGUUUAAGCCAUUCCUUUGCAGAGGGGGUGGGUAAAUGGGGAGGGAGCAGACGAUGCCAGCCUGGGUUCAAACACUCUCUUACUUCACCCAUCCAGUAUUUCUUGAAGGGUAUUUUUUAAUGAUUAAUUUUCUCUGCUUUUUCUUAUCUAGCGAAGUGUUUUGCUUCAUCAUUGAAAUGAAACUUUACAGCAUAUUGUAUUCUUGACUGGCAGGUUUCUUUCUUUUGGCAGUCUGAAUGUACAGAUAAAUCCAUUUUUUACAGUCUAAUGGAUAUUCCUUUAUAUGUGACUAGACUCUUGCUCAUAGAGAAGGGGGAAAUGAGCUGUAGACCAAACAAUACAAAAUAGAGAUGUGGGGGGGAAACCUGGAGUGCUAUAUGCAACACAAAACUGUUAGGAUUUUUUUUUUAACUAAAUCUGAUUUUACUGUUAACAAAAACUGUGUGGGAUGACGCAUUAAUGCCCUGGUGUACUACACAUUUAUUACGUAACCUCUUCUAACUAUGUUGUGAACCUCAAAUACAAUACAUCUUAAGACUG